AUGUCAGAUCAGGAGUUAACUGAAGCAACAUCAUCAAUUGCUGUAUUUAGAAGCCGAAAAGGUACAGCAAGAAAUGCAAUAUCAAGCAGGAAAUGUGUUUCUGACACAUCAGAUUCAUCAAAUGAUGCUGAAGAUAAGAAUGAAGUAGUGAAAUAUGUCGAUGGGCGAAAAAAAAGGAAAAAUCCGAUGAUACAGUCGACGAUCAACCGAAAGGUUCAGAAAACGUCGAAAUCCACAUCAGAGAGCGCAUCAUCAUCAUCCAAUGAGGACGAAUUAAUUCAGGAUGAUCCAUUGCUUGUCACAUUUGCAUCGAGUGGAACAUCAGAACGUGCUGGGCCAUCUGAUAUGGGUGCAACGGCAAUCAGUGAGAUUGAUACUGAUAUAAAGAGCGAUGCUCAAGCACAAUUUGAACGAGUACAGCAAAUUUUGAAAGAGGAACGGGACGAUAAGAUUUAUCGAGGUGCAGCUCUUUAUGGAGCAAAGGAGAAGAAGGAUACGGUUUGGGGAAAUGCUUCAUCAGGACUUAAUCGAUUCGGGCCUAUAAGAGCACCGAAUUUUUUGAGGCAGUCAGUAAGAUGGGAUUUUGCACCAGACAUUUGCAAGGAUUAUAAGGAGACAGGAUUUUGUACAUUUGGAGAUUCGUGUAAAUUUCUCCACGAUCGUACAGAUUAUAAGCAUGGCUGGGAAAUUGAACGUGAUUAUACUGCUGGUAGGAUGAAAGAAGAUGAUGAAGAUAAAUAUCGGAUAACUAGUGAGGAUGAAGCAGAAGAGGAGAGUGAACUACCAUUUAAGUGUUUCAUCUGUCGACAGUCAUUUGUAAAUCCAGUCGUAACGAAGUGCAAGCAUUAUUUUUGUGAAAAAUGUGCUCUGGGACAUUUCCAAAAAACGCCGAAAUGCUACAUAUGUGAGCAGAAUACGAUGGGAAUUUUUAAAGUUGCUAAAGAUUUAAUUACUAAACUGAAAGAUGAUGAAGAAAGCCAAAAAGAUAGUGAUCCAAAAAAUGAUGACAACGAAAAAAAGAGCGAAGAAACGAGAGAUGGCGAAACAGAUAAUUAA